AUGUCAGACACGUGCAAAAAGUGUAAUUCCAGUGUCCAAGUGAGCAAGCAAGACUGCUUCAAGUGUACAGCGUGCAAUGGUGCGUUUCACCCUGCUUGUUUGGACGAUAAGUCUAGUGACCCAAAUAAAAAAUCCAGCCUUAGAAAAAACUGGAAGUGCGAAAUGUGUAGUCAUCAAGACAGUGAACAGGACAGUGUAGCUUCUAUUCUCAAAGCUUUCCGAAUAGAAACAAAUGCUAAACUUGAUCAAGUCCAAGUCGAUCUAGCAUCAGUAAAAAAAGACGUCAGUGAGCUAAAAACUCAAUUCAAGGAUAUUGAAAAAAAAUGUGGUAAGAACACAGAAAGUAUAGAUAAGUUGGUGGUUGAGAACUCUCGUCUCUGUGGUGAAGUGAAAUUCUUGAAAUUGCAGGUUGCUGAUCUUCAGCAACACACAAGAAAAAACAAUGUUAUAAUCACUGGCAUCCCUGUUACAAAGGGUGAGAAUGUUUUCUUCAUUUUACAAAGAAUAGCAGCCUUGUUGAACAUUAGACACGAUAAAUAUGAUGUUUCAGCAGCGCAUAGGCCACCUAACAGAAAUAAAAAUAACCCGCCGCCCAUUGUCGUGAACUUUGUUUCUCGUUUGACGAAAAGUGAAUGGAUUCAUGCGAGGAAGCAGAGGAAAGGUCUUUCUGCCGUAGAACUUCAUAAUCAAUUUCCAAACAGACAGAUUUACAUCAAUGAACAUCUGGCGCAGCAUACGAGUUCCAUUUUCAAUGCUGCGAGAGCCCUGCUGAAGACGAACAAACUGGCUUCCGUAUGGGUCCGCGAAGGAAGAGUGUUAGCCAGGAAAAGCGCAACAAGCCCUGUUUUCCGGAUCAUGAAUUUGGACCAACUUGAGGAGUUUAAAUCCGCAUCCCAAACUCCUGAACCAACAGAUAACAUCAAUGAUGGCGAGGAUAAGAGUGGUGAGGACGAGGACAAUCAGUGA